UGGGCUGUGCUGGUAUUGCAUCGCGGGCUCGGACAAGGCGUUACUGACAUACACCAAAGCUCGUGCGCCGGGAUCAGCGACGAGCCAUCCGCUCUGAAGCAGAAGCCGUUACUGACAUUUCUUCCCCUUCUUCUCGCGAUCCUGCCCCUCGAUGUCCUCUCCCGAUGCUGCUCCUGUCGCUCCUUCCGAGGAAUCAUGCUGCUCUCAAGAUAUCACAGCCACAGAAAGUGACCUUGUAACUACAGGAAAGAGUUUGAAAGGCGUUAAGAGGGAUAUCUCGGGCAUGGACGACGCUGAAGAUGAUGCUAGUCCCAUCAAGAAGAUGAAGGCCAGUCCUGGCCUCCGCAGUAUUCAUGCCACCACUACAAUAAUGAAUCCACAAGCCAGGUCUGAAGAAUGUGAUAGCACCAUCGCUUCUUUGAAGUCGUCCCUUCGUAAUGCAAACGAGGAGUUGGAAAGGUGGAAACAGGCCUUCAUCGAUAACUCCAUUCUCCCCUCUGGAACUACUCCAGAUCCUGCAGCAGUUGUACAGGUGAUACAGAAGCUUCAGGCUUCCGAAGUUCAGUUGCAAGAGCAGGUCUUGAUCCUGCAGCUACUGACUGCAAGGAGGAGGGAGGGCGCUUUACUCGUGAAGCUCGGCAACACAGAGCACGAGAUUUUGGGUCUGAAGAGUACUGUGCGCAGCUUGAAGCGACAGUCCAAGUGGCCACUGUCUUCUGUGGCUAGGUCGUUGCUACCAAAGCCGGCGAAUUUUGACGAAGUCUCGCGAUUAAAGAAAGAACUUAAACCUGCAGAAAAGAUCACAAUGGAGGUUCCAGACAUUACAGCCUCUAUUUAUAUUAGACCACAGAACAUGCGUUCCAACGUUCUGAAUGCAGAGUUUCCCGCUGACUUAACCGAGAACUCAGGUGCUGCCUGCGAAGUUUUAGAAGACAAGGAAGAUGAUGGAUUGCAAUUGAUGUAUGUCCCAUUUCCGAGUACCAAGAAGAAGCUGGGAAGUUCAAGGAAGUACUUGAUUGCUAAAGAAGAGGCUGAAGGGGAGGAAGCUAAGAAGAAUUGGAUGGACAGUGAAGUUGAGACUUUAAUCUCACUGCGUUGGGAGCUGGAACCUGACUUCUUGAAAAAUGCUUACAAACAAGGGGUAGAUAUGUGGUCUCAGCUGCAAGCUCGAAUGUCUUCAGCUAUUCCAGGGUUCACAAGAUCAGGUCUUGCUUGUCAACGGAAGUUUAAUUCACUGAUCAAACAACACAAGAAAGAUGUACUCGACGUAAAAGAAGGGAAACAUCACACUUGGGAUCGUCAUGCACGUAAGUUUUAUGACAGUUUAGAUCGGUGCUGGCAUACGAACGGGACAGUUAUGAAGCAUGUUACUGCAAAUUCCAUGCACGUAAACCAUUCUGAUAGUGAUACUGCACUUACCAACGGAAACAAAGAGGAAAACUUAAGAAUGAGUGUCAAAGAAGACGAAGGGGAAGAAGCGAAAAAGAAUUGGUUAGAUAGUGAGGCGGAGACUAUGGUUUCACUACGUUGGGAGAUGGAGCCUGAAUUUGUGGGGAAUGCUUACAAAACAGGUGAGGACAUGUGGUCUAAGUUGCAGAUGCGUAUGGUGUCGUUGAUUCCUGGGUUCCAACGGUCAGGCCUUGCUUGCCAACGAAAAUUCAAUGCACUGAUUAAACAACACAAGAAGGACAUCCUUGAACUGAAAGAGUCGGGAAGAGAACGUUACAAUUACAGAUUUUAUGAUAUCCUGGAUCGCUGGUGGCACACUAAUGGAACGGUAAUGAAGCAUGUCACUGCAAGUCCAAAUGAUUCUGAGUCACUCGGAAACCCCGAACAUUUGACUGAAUAUUUGGAUGAUGCGAGCAAUAAACUUUUGAGGGAAGGAGAUGAAGGAGAGGAAGGUAAGAAGAAUUGGGCCGACAGUGAGGUCGAAACUUUAAUUGGAUUACGGAAAGAGAUGGACUCGGAGUUUGUGAAGAACUGGAAAAAACAAGGAGGGAAUAUGUGGUCAAAGUUGCGUUCUCGUAUGCUAUCACUAUAUCCAGGGUUUACAAGGUCACCUCUUGCUUGUAAGCGAAAGUUUAAUACCCUUGUUAGACACCACAAGAAAUACAUGCAUAUUUUGGCUGCUUCAGGGGAGGAGCCCCUUAAUUUCAAACACCACGAUCUCUUGGUUCAAUGGUUGCACAAUAACAGGACAUCUUUGAGGUGUAGUACGGCAACGGCCAGUGCAAGUGCAAGUGCUAGCGACUCUGACCUGAAUCAGCUCACUACUGGCGAUCCCACAGUUGCAAGCGAAUCGCAACGGGAUGUAUGUAAACCUAACAAAGCUGAAAGUUCCAUCAUCCCUUAUGUAGUGGGGAUCCAGUACGGCAUCAACGUACCUGGCUCAUUGUCGAAUGUGAUCGAACCUAGUAGUGAUGUUAAUGAGAAGGAUAAACCAAGUAUGCUAUUAGCGAAGUUGGACGGGGAAAUAGACCCUUUUAUGGACAGCUUGAAGCCUACUGUCUCAAUAUAAAAACCAUUUAUUUUUUCAUUUAGUUAA